UAAUGAAACUACAGUUAUUAGGGGAUUAUUUGAAGGAAUGAAGUGUGCUGUCAUUCAUUUUGUCUUCAGCCCCCGUUGACUAAAACCGGUAGACGUGUUCAGACGUUAACUAUCAUUAGCUGACGGAUUAACUGUAAAGUACAGACCUUUCAAAAUAGUAAAACGGUUCAACAGCAGCGGGGUGAUUAAAGAUAUUUCAUGGGCACUGGAAUGUGUUUAAAUAGCCUGUUUGAAACGAAUCCUAGAACAAACCCCAUGAGAAAUAAGUCUACUGAGAAAAGAAAAAUCUGGCACCACUCCAGAAACCGUGACGGCUAUUCCCGUGAAAACUAAGACACUCCAGGCGAGACAUAGGAGAGUGGAGGGAGUGCUGGUGGAAACAGCGCGAGAACCGUGUCAGAGAAGCGCUUAGAUUAUUUUAUUACUUAGUUUAUAAGGACAAUAUUCACAUUCACGAUAUUCGGGCCGUUGUCUUCAACAGGACGUUAAGUUCGGGAGAGAGACCGAGCGCGUAAAGGUUACGCGACGGUACAGGUGUUUUUGGACUGAGUGAUCGAAUGCUGAGAAGAGGGGCACCAAGUGGCCAAAGGAGAAGGGAAACCAAAGGAAAACAAGGGAGUAUUUUCCAGAGGAUUUAAAAUUUGAUUUUGACGGUUAAAAUCGACCAAUUCUGUGAGAGGAUCUUGGGAAUGUGACGGGAGCGACUUCGCUGAAGCGAAGUACCGGGCAAUGCGAGCAAGCGCUCUUCUUGUGUCACCUUCCCUUUAAUUCACUAGUUUGAUAAGUACUGUAACUUAUAUGGAGCGAAUUUCACUCACCUGUGUGCUGGUCGCUGUCCUUCUACGGCUGACCGAUGCCCAAAACGCCGUAUCUGAAACAGUGGGGAACUGCUGUGAGGGGGACGUCCUGUUCCUGCUGGACUCGUCGGGCAGCAUCCCCUCGUACGAUUACUCGCGCACGCUGAGCUUCCUGUCCGAGCUGCUGCAGCCCUUCUCCCUGGGGCCCGACCAGGUGAGGGUGGGCCUGCUGCAGGUGGGCACCAAGCCCCGCCUGGAGUUCGACUUCCAGGCCCACAGCACCCAGCAGAGCCUGCAGGCGGCGCUGAAGAGGACCAGGCAGAUCCAGGGGGACACCAACACCGAGGUGGCUCUGAAGCUGGCCCGGGAGGAGGUCCUGAGGGAGGGGGGGCCGGGCGGGGCCAGGGCGGGGCUGCCCCGGGUCCUGGUGUGGCUGACGGACGGCAUGCAACCGGGUGCGGUGGAGGAGCCGAUGGCGGAGCUGCGACAGGAGGGCGUGGCGGUCCUGGCCGUCUCCACGGGACACGGGAACUACCAGGUGCUGCGGAAGGUGGUCACCUCACCUGUGGACAAUCACCUGUACUUUGUCGACAUCGACGACAUGAACAUCAUCGCCAAAGAUCUCAGGGACGCCAUCAUCGAGAUCAUCCGUGCGGAGCGGCUGCAGGUUCGAGACGUCACCACGAGCAGCGCUGUGCUGGAGUGGCGUCCAGUCCUGAGCUCCGGCACGGGUUACUAUGACAUCCGCUUCGGCCCGGCGCCCACGGCGGGCAGCGGACAGCCCAGCACCAGCAUCGGCACCAGCACCAGCACCGGCGGCGGGCCGUGGCGCAAGCUCACCCGUCCCGGAGACACCAGCUCCGCCAGGCUGAGCGAUCUGAAGCCGGGCACCACGUACAAAGCCACGCUGACGCCAGAGUCCAACCUGGAGUACGUCAAGCCCCUGUCCGUCUCCUUCACCACGCUGUCCGUGCCUAAUCCUCCGGAGGCGCUGGGCCCAGCUGUGGUCAGCGUAUCCGAGGCGGGUCUGAACAGCGUGCGGGUCAGCUGGGGGCCGCUGCAGCCCGCGGCGGUGCAGAGGUACCAGAUCGAAUACGGCGCCAUCCCCUCGGGGAAGGUCCGUGUCACCACCCUCGGCAGAGACCGGAACUCCACCGUGCUGACUCAGCUGGAGCCCGACACGCAGUACCUCGUCACCGUCACCGCCUUUCACUCCUCCGGCCAGGAGAGGGCGAUGUCCGUCCGGGCCUGCACCAAGGAGGAGCUGCCUGGCCUGGCGGACCUCCAGCUCAGCACGCUGGGCAGCGACUCGGUGCGGGCCCAGUGGAAGGGCCGAGGCAGCGGCCUGCAGGGGUACUGGGUCUCCUGGGAGGGGGACGGCGGCUCGUUCGGCCCCCCCUCGUCCCGCUACCUGCCCCCCAGCUCCCUCUCCACCGUGCUGACCCACCUGCCCCCGACCACCCGCGUCUGCGUGUCCCCCGUCUACCGGACCGCCCGCGGAGAGGGGCUCUGCUGCACAGCUCGCUUCUACUCAGAUGUGGAACCGCGGGGGGACAGAUUUCAAAGCCGGGCGUGACCACAGAGGGGCCUCAACAGGCAGGGGUAGAGAUGGCUCAGGGAAACAUUGACAUGGGACAAUGAGUCUUACACACACACACACACACACACCAUGGGCUCUGCUCCAAACAGGCUCUCAGUCACACACACACGCGCGUCCCAAUCACUCCCUAAAGUUAGAAGUACUGUCAUGUUAGAAUAUGAGGGAUGAAGUUGAAGUGAAUUAUAUUUGUAUUCCUGCUUAUCCAAUGGGGGAUGUGCAAUAGAGUUUCACCAGAUGGGUUUUUCAGAGUAGCAUCAGAGUAGAUGAAGCAUAAAGUCAAUGUAAUUUUCAGAUUUUUUUUCAGCAUAUGUCCAAGUGAUGUUAAGGGAACAAUGACUUACUCUGGCGCACUGGCCUCAAGCCUAGCCUAGCCUAGCCUACAGGGGACAGGACCCUAUGGAUAGACUGCUUCUCCUGUUAGUACAGGGGACAGGACCCUGUGGAUGAGACGUUUCUCCUGGCGAGCAACACAAGUGUCCGUUCUAGAGCUCAUGUGAAUCAGACCAGCAGACGGGAUGCUGUUCUAUUGCAGUGUCCCGCGAACUGAAGAAAAGGGGCUGUGUCCAAAUUCGCAUACUUAGCAUGCUGCUCCCACUACGUUUAAAUGAAAAUCAGCCCGAAAUUUAGUAGGAGUUGUCUGCUGGCAUGCGGUUUCGGACGCAGCCAUUGAGGUCAUUUGUAAAGACUCUACUGCCCCCCUGUGGUAUCUUUUUAUAUUUUAUUAUGGUUUCACUCCAUAUACUUCUUUCCAAAACUAAUUUAAAUAUGAAUUAGACUCAAACACUAAUGGAAAGGUGAUUAUAUGCAAAUAUAAACAGCUAAAUAAUUUAAGUAAAUGUUUGUACUUUCUCAUUAUAAAUGCAGAUUAUUCUGUCUUGUAAUGCUUUCCUGUUGGAUAUUUUUGACAUGGUAAUAAAGUGUAGGCCAGGAUGUCCUACUGAUUAAA